GGAAAAUCAGUGCAGGAAAAUUCAGAGUUGCUCUCUGCUGGCCACGCUGCGGUCAUCUCUCUGAACAUUUGAUCUACAGCAGCUUAAAAUGAAAGGAUUGCACCAUGUUUUACUCUUUGUCUUCUUUGCUUGUUGCGUCAGCGCCAAGAAGAUGCGCUGGUGCACCGUCUCAGAUCCUGAACAGAGGAAGUGUGCGGAGCUGGCCAAAGCUCUGGUGGCAGUGCUGCCUUCAGCAGCUAUUGCGGCUUUUGCCAGGCUGUCAUGCGUGCGAGCAUCCAGCACAGCUGACUGCAUUGAUAAAAUCAAGGCAAACCGUGCAGACAUAGUGACAUUAGAUGCAGGAGAAGUUUAUUCUGCUGUGAAGCAGUUUGAUCUUGUUGCCGUUGCUAAGGAGGUUUACACUGACGGAGGCUGCAUCCUGUCAGUUGCUGUGGUGACCAACAAGAGUUUGGACAUACGGUCCCUGCGGGGCCUCAGGAGCUGUCACAGCGGGGCCCGAUAUACCACUGGGUGGAGCCUCCCGCUUGGGUUUCUGCUGUCCAGGAGCUUCCUGAGCUGGAGCAAGGAGAAUCCUCUCAGUCAGGAUGUAAGUUCCUUUUUCAGAGCCAGCUGUGUUCCCGGAGCUGCCACCAUGGCGUCUCCUCUGUGCGCUCUGUGCCAAGGCCAGAAGUCUUACAUUCGCCAGAAGAAUUAUUUCUGUGAGACGUCACACAGUGAGCCUUUCUACAACAACCAGGGAGCCCUUAGAUGUCUCCGGAGAGGUGCCGGUGAUGUUGCAUUUGUGGACCACUUAGCUCUUGAAAGUUUUGAUGAGAGUGAGCAGGACAGUUUCUGGUUACUGUGUCCUGAUGGCACCCAGGCCUCUCUCAGCCACUACAGAAGCUGUAAUCUGGGCCGUGGGCCAGGAGGAGGAAUGGUCACCAGACACAAUUUUCGCAAGGUUGUCCGCAAAUUUGUAUCAAUUGUGCAGAAGCAGUUUGGUCGACUAGGAAAAGAGAGGCAGCGCUUCCAGCUCUUCAACUCAUCUCUUUCUGGGGAAUCGGACCUUCUCUUUCGGGAUGCGACGGAUAAACUGGUUGUUCUGCCAGACAACAUGGACGUCAGCCAGGUGAUGGGGCUGGAUUACAUUGCACUCCUCAAAGGUCUCGGCCAUGAAGGAAGCUCUCUGCAGGACAGCGUUGUGCGCUGGUGCUGCAUCAGCUAUGCUGAGCAGAAGAAAUGCGAGCGGUGGGCUCUCAGCAUAAAGUCCGACCCGCUGGUGUGUGUCAAGGCUGUGUCGAUGCGGGACUGCAUCGAGAAAAUCAAGAGGGACGAAGUGGACGCCGUCUCGCUGGAUGCAACGCACACAUUUAUCGCAGGAAAAUGCGGCCUUGUUCCAGUGGUCACAGAAUAUUAUGGAAGUGAAUGUGUUCCUGCUGAAGGAUCUGCUCACUUAGAGAUAGAUGAGUUGCCCUCGGCUGUGGGUGUAGCUGUAGCAAAGCGUUCCAGCAGGAACGUAUUCAUGGGGAAUCUGGGAGGCCGCCGCUCAUGUCACGGCCACAUGUACAGCCCGGCUGGCUGGCUGCUGCCUUACAGACACACGUUAAGCAUGGAGCAUAACAGCAGUGCCCCCUGUGAUCCAAACCAUGUAUACAGUACAGUGUUUUGGAAAGGCUGUCUCCCUGGAUCUCAGGGGAAUCUGUGCAAAGUGUGCAUGGGAGGCACAGGCAAGGCAGCGACCAAACGCUGCACCGACAACCACAAUGAGCGUUACUAUGGAAACAUGGGUGCCUUAAGGUGCUUGGUUGGAGAUCCAAGCGGGAAAAGCUACGGUGAUGUGGCCUUCCUCGAGCACCACAACCUUCUUACAAACAUCCUUGGUUUGAAUUCUAGCAGGUGGGCAGAGGGGUGGACACAGUCUGAUUUUGAGCUGCUGUGCGUUGAUGGACAUCGAGCUGCUUUGUCAGAGUGGGAAAGUUGUAACUUGGGAGCCAUCCCCCCAAAUAGCAUCAUGACACGGCCUGUGCUAACAUCAAGGGUGUAUGACUUCCUCAUGAAGUCGCAGGAAACAUUGGCAGCUACCCAAAGCACAGAGUUCAAACUCUUUGAGUCUCAUCAGUACGGAGAAAGCGAUCUGCUGUUUAAAGAUGCAACGCGGUGUUUUGUUCACACGAGCCACAUGGAUUACCGCUCCAUUCUGGGAGAGGAGUUUUACGCUCACCUGGAGGCCGUCUUUAAAUGCACACGCUCUGAUAUCUUGGAGUUUUGUAACCAGGAUGUAUGCAGCAUAUUCUAAUGGAGGAAACACAUAAAAAGACAUGUUUUUCUGAGCUUCUCAGAUAUUCAGUUCUUCAUCCUUAAAAAUGAUGGGUUAAUAAAGACUAGAACCCAUGACACUACAGUGGUGAUAAGACUGAACUGAAAGAAGCCAUUGAUUCUGCUUUCAUAAUGGGACACUUUCUAACUCGAAGUUAUUCAUCUUUCUAUUCUUCAAAUAUGGAAAAAAUAUUUAAUAAACAUUUGAAGCCUAACAGCAAAUGUUUACAGCAAAACAAGCUAGGUGACUGCAUUAUUGUCCGGGGUCCUAUAUGUGUGAUUACAGAAAAGAUACAUAAAUAAUUGCCUUCGUUGGGUUUUCUGUAAUGAUACAGCAUAAAAAAUAAGUUUUGAACACAUCAAUGUUUCCCUCAGUAAAACAAUUUCUAAUGGGGCAAUUGACAUGACUUUAACACCAUUUGUUGGUAAAACCUCAAGUAAUCCAAACAUACAAAGAAAUCAUGAGAAAUACAGUAAGUCCAUAAAUUAUGUGGAAUAAAGUGCAAUGACAGAGAUAUGUAUUGAACAGAGUGUAGAAAAAAUAGUUGCAAAGAGACCUAGAAAGCCAAGAAAACCGCUAAAAUCUGUUGCUAUUUAGAAAGCAAUCCUACUCCUAAAUAUUGUCAAUGCAUAUGGUUUAGUUAUAUAGUAACUGAGUGUGAAGGCAUCACACAAGAAGCCUCUCAUGAUAGGCAGAAGGACCAAAGAGCUCUCUCAAAACCUUUGCAGACUUCUAAUUGUACUAAUUGUAAAAUAUAGUGAUGGCUUAUUUUUUAUUU